AUGCAGCCUUUAGUAUGCGCGCGCGCCUCUCCUUUCGUACGUCUCAAGUCAAGCACUGGUACUGCCUCUACCAGUGCUUUCACAACCAGCACCCGUGCAGGUGUGAGAAUUUCAUUGUUGUCCCAGCAGCACCCCUUCGACGUUGAUUCUUCUGGAGACGCAGCUGCGGAGAAAGCAUCUAAGGGCGAAACGGCAGUGUCGGUACCAGAAAGCGUCUAUCUUCUACGACCCAGAGUUUCAGACUGGGACGCAAAGCGAGCAGCACACAUAGCGGCGAACCCGGGGUGCAACCGAACGGCAAAGGGCAAGCCACGGGUGAUGAUGGUGACAGGGUCCAACAGCAAGCCGUGCGGGGAGCACGGCGAGAGCGACUUCCUGCUGCUCAAAUUCCUCAAGAACAAACAGGACUAUGCACGAAUCCACGACCUGCAGAUCUUCUAUGGCAUGGGUCCCAUGAACAAGAAUUUUCCCGCAUUCUGGGUGAAGAUUCCUCUGCUGCGCAUGCUCAUGCUCAAGUACCCGGAGGUGGAAUGGUUCUUCUGGAUUGAUUCAGACGCCAUGAUCACAGACAUGGCAUUUGAGUACCCGAUAGAGGAACACUCGUCUGCCACCGUCGUCCUAUCUGGCUUCCCGGAUACCCUCUUCAAGAAAAAGGACUGGGUGGCCAUUAACACUGGAGCUUUCUUUAUUAGAAACAGCCAGGAUGGGUUGGACUUCUUGGAUGACUGGUCAACGUUUGGCAGCAGUGAGGCAGUGCGCUUGCAAUGGGGCACUGUUGCCAGCAAAACGUUGCAUGGCCGUGCUGAUUGGCCAGUGGAUGAUCAGACGGCUCUGGUCCUGCUGCUGCUGGGGGAGGGGGAGACCCCUGAAAGCAAGAAGAGGGGUGUGAUGCUGCGCAAGGACAAAUGGCUUCCGCGUAUUGAGAUCGAUUGGAGGACAACCUUGCAUGGUUACUGGAUGUCCUUUGUUGACAAGUAA